ACCGGGGAAACGCAACAAGCGUCCCUGACUGAGCGCGAGAGGGGGGCGUGUGUCUCGUUCGUCUUUGGUGGCUGGCGGUGUGUGGGGAUUUCACCCCCACCCCGCUCCGCCUGACGAGGAAGAGCGAGCGGCGGCAGCAGCAGCAGCAGGAGGAACCGAAAGUGAAGCGGCUUCGGAGCAAGGGGAGGAAGCGGGUGUCGGGGCGGGCGCCGGCUGCUUGCGGGCCGAGGAGGACUCGGGUGGUUUCCCCCAUGAGGAAGAGGCGGGCCUGAGGAGGCCGACAUGUCCGACAACGGCUUCGACCGGGCUCCCGGUGCGGGUCGAGGCCGAGGGGGUGGGGCUCCUACGGCUCCAGAGAGCGGAGCCCGCUUGGGGAUGAGCGGAGGCGGAGGAGGCACCAGCAGCGGGAGCAGCGGCGGCGGAAGAGGCUUCGGGGCUCCGUCGCAGCAGCUUCUCAAGCAGGGCUUCGCGCACCACCAGGAACCCCUCCGGCCGCCCAAGACGGCGCCCCCGGGGGCCGGCGCCGCCGCAGAACAGGCAAGAGCUACAUCUUUACCAGAAAAAAAUAGUUCUAAAUCAGGAAUGGCUAAACCUCAGGUGGUUGUGGCUCCAGUGGUAAUAUCAAAGCUUUCUGUGAAUGCACCUGAAUUUUACCCCUCAGGAUAUACCCCUAAUCUUACAGAAUCUUCUUUGGAAGAUGAUUGUGAUGGAUUUCCAACUCUAACAGAAUAUGUGCAGGACUUUCUCAACCACCUUGCAGAACAGCCGGCUUGUUUUGAAACUGAAAGAGCACAUUUUUCAGAAACUGUAAAUGCUUGUGUCACUACAGAUGAAGCAUUACAAGAACUUGUUGAGCUCAUAUACCAACAGGCUACAUCUGUUCCAAAUUUUUCUUAUAUGGGAGCAAGGCUGUGCAAUUAUCUUUCUCAUAAUCUCACCAUUAAUCCACAAAGUGGCAACUUUAGACAAUUACUGCUUCACAGGUGUCGAAAAGAGUAUGAAAAUAGAGAUGAAGCUGCCAAAGGAGAUGAAGCUGCACGGAAAAGAUUUCAUGCAUUUGUGCUAUUUUUAGCUGAGCUUUAUCUAAAUCUAGAGGUAAAAGGAACUAAAGGUCAGCUAACCCGAGCAGAGAUUCUUCAGACUGGACUUCAUGAAUUACUGAACACCCUUUUCUCUAAUCCUGUGGACAACAAUUUAACCUGUGCGGUGAAACUACUGAAAUUGACAGGCUCAGUACUAGAAGAUGCAUGGAAAGAAAAAGGAAAGACUUAUAUGAAUGAAAUGAUACAGAAAAUUGAAAAUGUUGUCUUGGAUGCAAAUUGCAGCAGAGAUGUAAAGCAUAUGCUUCUGAAACUUGUAGAACUACGGUCAAGUAACUGGGGAAGGGUGCAUAUAACUUCAACAUACAGGGAAGCAACUCCAGAAAACGACCCUAAUUACUUUAUGAAUGAACCAACGUUUUACACAUCUGAAGGUGUGCCUUUCACUGCAGCAGAUCCAGAUUAUCAAGAGAAAUACCAAGAACUCCUUGAUAGACAAGAUUUGUUUCAUGAGUAUGAGGAAAACGGAACAGACUUAUCAGGAGCUGGAGAUCCGUAUUUUGAUGAUGAUGAUGAUGACGAUGAGAUGGACCCAGAAAUUGAAGAAGCAUAUGAAAAGUUUUGCUUAGAAUCAGAACGCAAAAGGAAACAGUGAAAUGCUACACGUGAAUAAUAGUGUUGUGUUUUUUUAAAAGAAGAAAAACAAAAACCAGCAUAGGUAUGAAUAGCAAAUAGAAGGGAUGGAAAAUCUUUAAUAUCCAUACCAAACAAAGGAAAUUAAGUUUCUCCUAGCAGUUAAGUUAUGCAAUUUCCAUUUUAUUAAACAGAAUCUGCCAAAAAAAAAUGUAAACUUAAAUCCUGUAACUUAAACAAGUGUAUAUAUAUAUCAUAGUUUAUUUUAUGUACAGUUAAAUAAACAAUGUUUUGACUGGAACAAA